CACGAAUAUACUCUGUUGUAUAGGCAAACGGAAGUGCGUUUAUGGUCAACUUCCCCUUUUAAUCGCCACGUGUACAAGCCUACGCUCAAGUACAUACAUCAGUGGAAGCUCGUUUCUCAGAACAGAAUACUGUCAGUUUGUAAGCCUGUAUCUACAUAAGCAAUUCUAUACAGUAUGGCUACUCCGACAAGUGUGGGCUCUUCACGUAUACAACUGGACACGGCUCAGAAGAGAAAGAUUUUCAGAGCCUUGAGAGCGAUACGGAAUACGUAUACUUUGAACUUCAACAGUUUUGAUCUUGAAGAUGGCCAUCUGGACGAAUUCUUGACAGAGAAGCCCAGCGCCGCAGAGUGCGUGAAGCACGUGUCUGUGGUUGAGCUUGACAACAACAACCUUACAAGUCUACCAGCGAUAGUGGGUAGCUUUGAAUACUGGGAAGAUGUUCGAUCUUUGUCCUGCAGGAAUAAUAAGUUGACGCAUAUUGAUGGGUUUCUGAGCGCUGCUACGGACGUGCGAAAAGUCAUUUUGUGUGGAAACUUAUUGCAAUCUCUUCCCGAGAGUUUGUAUCAGCUAAAUGGAUUGCAAGUGUUGGACCUGAGUGACAAUAAACUAGAAUCUCUCCCGGAAUGGUUUGGCAAUCUAUCCGAGAGCAUUGAUGUCAGGCUCCACGACAAUCCUUUUGCGGAUGAGGAGUUGAGAUCGGUUGCGGACAGUGGCAGCUGGGUAAAAGUGCGCAAAUAUUUACGCAGCAGCCAGCCCGCGUCCCGCUACCGCCCCAACCAAGAACAAUCAGAGCAGCAUCUAGCCAAUGAACUCGUUCUAGUACUUGACCCACCCCGUGCCGUGGUGUGGGUCAGUGGAGCUGACUUUGCCCAAAUGGAGAAUGCCAUAGAAGUAGCGCGCUCCACUUUCACCACUCCUGCUGCGGCCAAAGCACUACUGCAAUUGUACCGCAAGGAGUGUGUGGAGAUGGUGAGCGGAUCCGAAUUGAUUGGCUUGGGGUUACAGCAAGCUGAUACACAGCAUAUGAAGGAUAACAAUGGAGCCGCACAGCAGGCACGCGGUGGUAUGGCCUCCCACUUGCCACCGCCUGUCGCUGAUGCACAACGCUUGAGUACAGCUUCCUCGCAUCAGGAGACGCAACAACCCCCUGCUCAGGAGUCGUCGCAAGAACAACAAUGGGCCGUUCAAUACCAGCAGGCCAUGCAGCACAUACACCAAAAAAUGCGAGAACAACAGCAGAAUAUGCAACAACAGCAACAAGAGAUGCAACUACUACAGCAACGACUACAACAACACCAGCAACACCAGCAGCAACAACAAAUAGAUCAGCAGCAGCAACACCAGCAGCAGAGGCUAUAUAUGUACCAACAGCAGCAGCUACGAUCGCAAGCUCAGCAACAAGCUCAGCAGGUGCAAGCUUUGCCUAAUAGACCUAUGCUUGAUUACCAGCAACCGUUGAACUCACCCAACCGACAGAACUUCAACCCGCAGCAGUAUGAACAACUGCAGAGACUUGCCCAGAUUCAGCAGCAGCGCCAGCAACAGGCACCUAUGCAACAACAGGAGGCGCUAUUCCAAGGACAAGCCCGAGCAUCGCAACAAACGAUGCCACAACAACAGCUGCACCAGAACCUGGCAUCUGGAGAUCUUCGGGCGACUCUGAGUGGGUCUGCUGAGACGAAAGCCUCUCCAUUCGGUCCAGCAGGUGGAACCUCCAAUCACCAGCCCACUGCGAGCCCUUUCUUGUCUGUCAACCAAUCCACCGGAAGUGCAAAUCACAAUGCUGCGACAGGACUAUCCAACAUAGCUUUGCCUACAGCCACCAUUAACUCUCCAGCUACCGUCAUGCAGCUCAACGUCUCUCCUUAUGCAGUCAUUGCCAGGGCUGUGAGUGCUAUACCCUCCGCCACAUGCGUGAGUCUGUCUUAUUUAACUGUAGGACCCAUCUUCUCGACGCCUGUGUCUAUGGCGCGUCCUCUUACCAUUCUUCUCUUCGCAUUUCAUGUACAGUCACAGCCAGAUGUUUGGGGUACCAGUGGGUUUGCGUCGAGCUCCAAACUGAACCCCACAGUAUCCACAUCCGCUAAUGAAGAUUCUGAGGCGGAAUAUUCUGAAGGCGAAAAUGAGGAAGAGACUGAGGACAAUGGCCAGGGAUAUGAUGAGGAGGAGGAGAGCACUUUGUUUGAGGCCCGUGCCGAACUGUUCGAGAUUGUGGACGGUACACCACAGGUUCUGGGGGUGGGCUCAUGCAUUGUAACGCAGUUCACCAAGUCGCGCGACAGCUACUUGACCUUUUCGGAGGAAGGAACGGAUGCGAUUCUUGCUUACCAUACUAUAGAUGAAGAACUGGAGGUACGACCGGAUACAAAGCAGCGGAUUUUCGUUUGGAAAACAAAUCGUGAUCAGUCGAGAAGCGAACAACCCACCACUUGCCUCUUCAAGAUUCUGUUUCAAAAGGAAGAGUUGGCUGCCCAGUUUUAUCCACUGAUGAAGAUGCUUAUCCCCAAGUCAUUGGACACACCCGUCAUCAAUACCGAACACAGUGGUGGUAUUAUCUCCACUUUUACUGAAAAAUCUGAGGCAUCGAAACCAUCGGGGCCGUUCGGAUUUGCAUUCACGAAACCCAGCGCAAAUAUCGGAGACAACUCACAAACUGUGCAGUCUUCUGUGUCUCCUUUCGCGAACCCAGUUGCAAACCUGAAUGCCGGAAACAGUUUCUUUAAUACAGCUAGAACUGGUGCAAUAUCGACCCCCGGCCCCUUUACUGGUUUUGGGAACUCAACGCCGUUUGGUACAUCGAAAGCUGAGCCACCUAAACCGAAACAUACCUCCUUUGGAGGACUGCCGGGUUCAAGUGUAAGCGAUGGUGCAAGUGAGGCAUCUGACAGCAACGUCGAGGAGAAAAAGCGAAUGGGCAGUCUUCCGAAAGGUUCGGACGACGUAGAGGCUGAACCGGAUGUGCACUUUGAGCCCAUUUUGAAGCUGGAAGAAGUGGCAGUUGAAACUGGAGAGGAUGACGAGGAUGUGUUGUUCGAGGCGAAGGCAAAACUCUACAGAUUUGUCGAUGGUCAGUGGAAGGAGAGGGGCACGGGUCCUGCGAAAUUGUUAAAACACAAGCAGAGUGGUGCCGUACGGUUCUUGCUGCGACGAGAUGCGACUCUGAAAAUAGCUUCAAAUCAUCGGAUUGCUAGUAACAUGGAACUGAAGCCCGAUACCAAUAAGCGUGUGUUCUCGUGGGUGACACCGUCGGAUUUCGUAGACGGCGAGAGUACCGAGGAGCUGUUCAAGAUUCGCUUCAGAACCGACGAGAACGCGGAAGACUUCAAGACGCACUUCGAGCGCAGUGUAGUGGAGGCAGAUGAAGUGUCCCCCUCGCAAUCGGAAAAAGAGAGUCCCGAGGGGAAGAAGUCAGAAGUACGUGCAACAGUUGCUACAAACCAGACACCUGAGGAUGGUAAUAAGGGUAGUUUCAAGAUAUCACCUGACACCACACAGGGAACACCUCCAGUGACCAAUGGACAAACAAUGAAACUCGGUGUAUUUGGGUCCGCUUUCGGAGGUGCAGGCGCUAGUACGAGUGAGGCUCCAAAGUCGUUCGGCCUCUUCGGUCAAGGAGCAACUAUCCAAAGUGGAGGUUUCGGCGCAAAGUUCGGGGGCAAAACUGGUUUUGGGAGUUUUGAAGGAUCUACAACGCCACAAGCACAGUCUGCAUUCAGUGGUGCUAAGGCCACCACAGAUGUCAAAAUAGAGCCGCUGUUUGGUGUCAAGAAAUUCGAUACAAGUAAUCCUGGAAAGUAUGGUACGGAGAAAGAGCACACCGCCACGGCUAAUACUUUGGAGACGCCCAAGAUGUCUGAUGAUGUGGAAGCGGAGCCAGACGUCUACUUCGAGCCAAUUGUGCAGCUGAAGGAGGUGGAGGUCGACACAGGAGAGGGUGACGAGAAUGUGUUGUUCGAAGCGAGAGCAAAAUUGUACAGAUAUGUUGACGAUCAGUGGAAGGAGAGAGGCACGGGCCCUGCUAAGCUGUUGAAGCACAGAGAGAGCGGUGCCGUGCGAUUUUUGCUGAGAAGAGAUACUACGCACAAAAUAGCAUCAAACCAUCGUAUCAUCUGCGAUAUGAAGCUCAAGCCUGACACGAACGAGCGUAUCUUCUCGUGGAUGACACCGUCUGAUUUCGUAGAUGGAGAGAGCAGCAAGGAGAUGUUCAAGAUCCGAUUCCGAACCGACGAGGCCGCCGCAGAGUUUAAGGCCAAGUUUGAAGAGAGUAUUGCGAAUGCAUCCCGUGUGCAGGCGGACGUGCCGUCUGAUCAAGCCAGCGAAGACGACGAGGAUAACUAUGGAGCAGAAGGGGAAGAAGUGCAUGCGUCUACUUCGCCUGCUAAGCCCUCUAUCUGGGGUGUUCCUUCUGGUGAUAAAUGGGAGUGUCAGGGGUGCUUGUGUACAAACAAAGGGUCGAUGGAUGUGUGCCCCGCGUGUGGAACGGGUAGGGAUGGUAGUGCGCCUGCACCUGAGGUCAAAGCCGAGCCUACGAUCACUUUCAAUUUUGGAGUACCUCCGUCCAUUGCGACAUCAGCUACUGACACAGAACCGCCCAAGAAAACAGGACUGUUUGGGUCCACUACUACAGGUGCGAGUGCAAAGAGGUCAACAGAAAAACCAAGUUUUGGACUAUUUAGUGUAGGUACCACUCCCGUAGGCUCUGGGUUUGGUGGUGCAGCUUCAAUCGCUGAAAGUGGCACUGACAGUAAGCCUGUAUUUGGGGUACCAAAUGAACCAGAAAUAAAACCAAGCACAGGUGCUAAAGUCGUGGACGAUGUUGAGGCGGAGCCGAAUGUGCACUUUGAACCGCUUGUGGAGCUGGAAGAGGUGGAGGUCAACACGGGUGAGGAUGACGAGGAUGUGUUGUUCGAAGCGAGAGCAAAACUUUACAGAUUUGUUGAUAACCAGUGGAAGGAGAGGGGAACCGGUCCCGCCAAGUUGUUGAAGCAUAAAGAGAGUGGUGGUGUGCGGUUUUUACUUAGGAGAGACACGACGCUUAAGAUAGCGUCGAAUCAUAGAAUUAACAGCAAUAUGGAACUCAAGGCUGAUACAAACGAGCGCAUCUUCUCGUGGAUGACACCGUCUGAUUUUGUAGAUGGAGAGAGCAGCAAGGAGAUGUUCAAGAUCCGAUUCCGAACUGACGAGGCUGCGGCGGAGUUCAAGACCAAGUUUGAGGCGAGUGUCGCGAAUGCCUCGAAUGUGAGGACGAACAUAGCCUCUUCAUCAACUAUUGGCGAUGCUGCGAGUACCGAGAAGAAAGCAGCCGAACCAGUCAAGGACAACACAGUAUCGAGAAUAUCUCCUAAGUCGCCAGCGAAGGUCAAUCACGAACCCGCACAGUUGCCACAGGUGCAGACCAAAGACGUGAAAUUCGGUGCGGGUCCGGGUCCGGGUGCUAAUGCGGAUGAGUCAUUAUCAACACCCAGUGUUGGUAUAUUCGGCUACAACGCAGGAAGCGCCAGGCUCAGCACUAAUUCGUUUGGUAGUACAGCACCUGUAUUUGGUAGUACAGCACCUGCAUUUGGUAGUACUGUACCUGCAUUUGGUAGUACUGCACCUAUAUUUGGUAGUGGUACGGUAUCUCCAUUUGAAACAUUCGGGAAGACGUCAAUUACGGACGACUCUUCGAAGCCUAGCUUUGGUUUUUUUGGGAAAGGGGCAGUAAGUGGAGGUGGUUUCGGAGGUGUUGCCACAAGUCCUUUCGGUGGCACAGCUAAUACAGAUGGCGAGAAGGCUGCAGCAGCACCGCAGCCGUUAUUUGCACCCAAGGCUGUGGAAGGCGCAAGUUCAGGCUCAAUUGCUGUUGCAGAUAUGGUGAAAAGUAGUGAUGACGUCGAGGCUGAGCCAGAUGUUUACUUUGAACCAGUUGUGACGCUAGAGGAGGUGGAGGUCAAUACUGGGGAGGAUGACGAGGAUGUAUUGUUCGAGGCUAGAGCAAAGCUGUAUAGAUUCGUCGGUGAUCAGUGGAAGGAGAGAGGUACAGGUCCGGCCAAACUGUUGAAACAUAAACAGAGUAAAGCCGUGCGGUUCUUGCUGCGGAGAGACACAACGCAUAAGAUCGCAUCUAAUCACCGUAUCAUAGCCGCUAUGAAACUGACGCGCGACACCAACGAACGUGUGAUCUCGUGGAUGACACCAUCUGAUUUCGUGGACGGAGAAAGCACAAAAGAGCUUUUCAAGAUACGAUUCAGGACUGAUAACGACGCGGAUAAUUUUAAAACACAGUUUGAAAAGUGUGUGUCGGAGGCUGUGUUGGAUAGUGAGCGUGAGAGUACGACAGGCGAUGCUGCAACUAGCGAGGACACCACAGUAAGAAACACUGCAGAACCCGAGGUAAAGGAUGAUUCGGAUGAUACUGAUGAUGACGAAGAGCAGAUUGAAGAUACGAACGAGUCGGCAGGCGUGCCAGCAUCAAAAACUAUACCAACCUCCUCUAUUUGGGGUGCUCCAGCCGGUGAUAAGUGGAGUUGUGAGGGAUGCCUUUGCACGAACCCGAAAUCGGAGGAUGUCUGUCCAGCGUGUGGUAUGGGCAAAGAUGGUAGUGCACCAGUUGCCGAGAUCAAAAAGGUCCCUGUCUCGACAUUUAGUUUUGGAAUUCCGGCACCCACAACCGACGGCAUACAUUUUGGAGGUGCCUCUAAGGGAUUCAGUACAGCACCGCAGCCCGUAUUUGGUGUCCCAGUGACAACCAACCAGAAUGGUGCAAAGUCACAGGAGACACUGGCAGUGGUGUCGGGCAAUACCGAUGAUGUCGAGGCGGAGCCUGACGUGUACUUCGAGCCUGUUGUGACGCUGAAGGAAGUAGAGACUCAGACUGGUGAGGAAGACGAAGACGUUUUGUUCUUGGAAAGGGCCAAAUUGCAUAUGAAAGUGGAGGGUGCGUGGAAAGAACGAGGGGUGGGCAUCGCUAGAAUGCUGAGACAUCGUAGCACGGGGGCGGUCAGGUUCCUGAUGCGUCGCGAAGCGACGCAUAAAAUAUGUGCUAAUCAUACGAUACCAGAGGGGCUUGCUAUUAAACCCGCUGAUAAUCCUGCGGCUGCGUACUGGAUAGCACCAAUGGACGCAUCCGAUGAAGGAGAACCUCAACGACGUAUGUUCAGUAUGCGACUCAAGACGGAAGAACAGAUGGACAGGUUCAGGCAAGUGUUUGAGGCAGCUGCGAAGGGAGAAAGCGCAGGACUUUCCGUAAAAGAAUCGGAGGAAGAUAAUGUAAUUGAAAGGACAGCUGCAAAUCCAGCGGGGGAGUGCAAGUCCGUUACGGUUGAUGGCGACAAUAGCUCAAUUGUAACCAAUAGCACGCUGAACGGAGACGGUGCCACUAAAAAAGACACACCUGAAACGUCUGCAUCGAACGGCACACCUCAAUUUAAACCCAACUUUGGCGUUCAAGGUGAACCGGCUCUGUCCAUCAACACAAAUGCAGGAUCUGUAUCGAAUUCGACGGGAUCUGUCAAUCCGCCCACGAAGGUCACCUUUGGGAAGCCUAUGCCUGGCGCUGAUCCAUUCACAAAGCCAAACUUCGGUAUGUUCAAUAGUACACUUCCUAAAUCCGGUUUUGGUUUUGGCGGGUCAAGUAACGAGCUAGCAUCGGUACCGCAACCGUUGUUUGGUAAUACUGGUGCUUCUACUGCUACAGGUAGCGAUCAGAAGAGUAUUGGGACAAGUGGUGGUGUUGCGGAUGAUAAGGUAUCACAGUUGGAAGACGAGCCCGAUGUGCACUUCGAACCAAUUGUGACGCUGGAAGAAGUGGCAGUUGAAACUGGAGAGGAUGACGAGGAUGUGUUGUUUGAGGUGAGGGCAAGACUCUACAGAUUUGUCGAUGAUCAGUGGAAGGAGAGGGGCACGGGUCCUGCGAAGUUGUUGAAGCACAAGCAGAGUGGUGCCGUGCGGUUCUUGCUCAGGAGAGAUAAAACACUAAAAAUAUCGUCUAACCAUCGUAUCAUUAGUAAUAUGGAACUGAAGCUCGAUACCAAUGAGCGUGUGUUCUCGUGGGUGACACCUAAUGAUUUCGUGGACGGCGUGUGCACCAAAGAGAUAUUUAAAAUACGCUUCAAAACUGACGAGGCCGCAGCAGAGUUCAAGGCAAAGUUCGAGGAGAGUGUUACGGGUGCCUCCAAAAUGUCAGCGAGUGGUGGUGACAGCGUAAUAGAUGCCUUGGAGAGUCCUCAGGAAAAAAGCGGUGAGGGCCAGAAGGAUAGCAACAAUGUCCAGGGUUAUGGUGGUGGAAAGCAUAGGGAGACGGAGGAUGAAGGUGCACAGGAAGACCGAAGUGUUGAGAAGGAGACGGAAACCUCUACUCAGAGUCCCCGUGAUGAUACUUCAAAAACUGGUAUGGCGGAGGAAGACGCUACAGAAGAUUCGGUUACGCAAGCGGGGAGUGGCGCUUCAAUUGGCGUAGACAACGAGCAAACCGAGAACUCUGAUGCGGAUGUUCCGGCACAAAAUGUACAACCAAACGAGGAAGUCGAGAAGGAUUUGAAUAGGGGGGAUGAGGGCAUGGAUGUUGUGCAGGAGCCGGUAGUGAGUGCGCCUGUGGAUGGGAAAAGUGAUAUGGAGGUUGCGCCAGGUGCUGAUGUUGCAAUUGUGUCCGUCGCUGAAGAGUCAGUGGUAAAUGCGAAUGUGGAUAAAGGCAACGUGGUGGAAAAUUUGGAGGAUUCGGAGAGAGAAUUUUGUUGUGAAAAUGCGAAGCUGUAUGUUUUUGCAGAUGACCAAUGGGUAAAUGUUACAUCUCGGAAUGAGGAAGCGACACGCACAGCUGGGGACGAAGGUGUCGUGAAGGUAAAAUUAGAUUGCAGCAACGGGCAGCAGUACUUCACUGGAUCGUCGGGCGAGCGCGUGCUCGUAAAAUUUACGAACAAUGAGAAGGUGGAGGUAAUCGAUGCCCAGGACGCCCAAAAAAACAGUCUGAGACUCAGUUGUUUCACUGAUGAUACGAAAGGCAAGGCAACGUAUCGAAUAGACUUCCCACGCGCGGAUAUACUGGAAUCCUUCAAGGCUUCGUUCAUAAACAGCAGCUCUGAUAGGAACUUCAAGACUAACGUGCAAUCUGACUACGAUGACAAAGAGAGCGAUUCUCGUGACGAUGAUGAGGAAGAAUACUUAAAGGAGACACUCAAGGCUAAGGAUUUACAAGGCACCGAGCAUCUGGUUAAAAAAACAGCGACCCUUUACCAGCUAGACAGCGAUACGAAAGAAUUUGUAGAGCUGGGUAAGGAUUUUGCAUACAUAGUAAGCCAACCCGAUGUCUACAAUGGUAAGGCACGCUUCUGGAUGUGUAUAGGCGACGAUCCGCGGGUGGCCGAACACUUUGUGCGAAGAUGCUCACCUGUGAAAAUAUGUGCAAACAAUACUUUCAGUUGGACAACGCCAAUGAAUUACACAAAAGAGGAGGCUGGAGGUCUACCAACCACAUUCCGUUUAAAAUUCGAGAGUAAGAAACAGAUGCUAGCAUUUAGGAGGGUAUUCGAGGAGCAUCGUGAACUAGGGGAUACGGCGUAGGAUUCCGUAUGCUUCAAGAGAUUUGCUCCUACUUUGCGUGCAGGCUCCUGAGUCCCAUGUGAGAAUUGGUCGCUGCAUACCUGGACUGUACGCAAGCGAUGUGUACCAUAUUCAACCUUUCGGUAAAUCGAGUGCACUCAUAUGACUACCACCAACCUGGAUAGAUAUGUGCUGGGGGUGUUGAAGAAUGGUAAUCUAAUUUCAUAACUGAACUUUGACAGCCGCAAAGAAUCCCCAUGCCAUCGGCAGUCUUUCUCUACUCACGCAGAAUAGUUGUCUAAGCAAGUAUUUGUCCACAGGUGUGUUCGUUGGGAGGCGUUCACAUCUGCGGGCUGCUGCUGGAGCGCUGAGUUGUUCGCAUCGGAGUGCACAGCCAAUACGUAUUGUGCAUCCG